UAUAUAUGGAUAAGUCGGAAUAAUUAUAUUCUCAGCUAACUGAUUAAGGAGAAGAAUCCAACAUUCUGAUAUGUACUCAAGACCCAAUAACUUUAUAUAAUAAAGUAAAUGUGUAGAGAAUAACAUAGUUUAUUAAAGUGUAUAAUUUAGAUGAUAAUAAAGUUGAUGGCAUAACAUUAUAAUACAUGAAAUAAAGUAAAGUCGUUCAAUUCAUUCAUAAUUAUUUAAGAAAUAAUUUGGGAAGAGUCGUCUUUUUUUUAAUUCUGAUUUUACUUCCUAUCAUCAAUCUAUUUUAUUAUCUCAUCCUUUUAACAGCUUCGUUUAGAUUAAGCUAAAAUUAUUCGAUUUUUUAAUCAAAUAUAGGUAAGUAUUUAAUAAUACAUCGAUUAGGUUAGGUUUUGGAUCCAUUUGCAAAUAUGGUUGAAAAUUCAGACCUAUGCGAAAUGAUGAAAAAAAAUUAUGUCCUCUUUGAUAUGGAGAUUAAAGAAAAUGAAGGCUUACACUUUUCCACCAAAGUUAAAGAAAUGAUUAAAAAUAGAUCUAAUGGAAACAAUAAAAUUAAAUAUACAAUCUAUAAUUAAAUAUUAAAGGAAUAAUUUUAUGGAUAUCCUAAUUCAAGAAUCACAUAUUUAAAAUGGAUGAUAGUCUCCACUCUAAUCAUAACAGUUCAAUUAACAUUAAUAAUAAUAUAUUUUUCUAAGAUUUGA